AUGAACCACACGCGUGGUCUCGUAUCCACCGCGCAGGCCCUGCGCCAGACCUUUAUCAACCCCCCUCGCACUCCUAGUGUCUCUUUUCUCCAGCCUCGGCCGCUUCAAAAUGGCCAUCAGCUGCGUUAUUUCCAACAAUCCGGCCGCCUCGCCUUGCGCGUCACUCGGACGCCCCCGGCCCCCACGCUGAUCAAGGACGAAGCUAUUGGAACUCGAUUGGUCCAGCUUGUCGACGAGGAACAGAACCUCAUGCCUCCUAAACGACUGGCUGAAGUUCUUGAUUCCUUCGACCGCAGCAAGUUCUUUCUUUUACAAGUCUCCCCUGCCGAUGCCGAACGACCGCCGGUCUGUAAGAUUCUGAACAAAAUGGAAGCGAAGCAACAUGAAAAGGCGAAGGCCAAGUCCGCCAAGUCAGCAAAGGUGCAAACAAAGCAGAUUGAGUUGAACUGGGCAAUCGAUGCCCACGAUCUAUCGCACCGCUUGAAGCAGCUGACCAACUUCCUGGAGAAGGGUCGGAAGGUGGAGGUAAUCAUGAGGCGGAAGAAGGCAAAGCGCUCGCCGACUGUGGAUGAGAUCAAACAGGUCAUUCAAAGUGUGUUGGACACUACAAGAGAGGCUGGCGGUACACAGGUCAAGGCAAUGGAAGGAGAGCCGGGCAAGCAGGUGAUCUUGACGGUGAAGAAAGAUGUUUGA